AUGUUAUUUUUUUUAUUCCGGGUAAAGAAUAUACGUAUUUUUUAUUUAUGCAUUUUAGUUCUUAGCUUAUCUAUCUAUCUAUCUAUCUAUCUAUCUAUCUAUCUAUCUAUCUAUCUAUCUCAGUCUUCUGUUCAUAUCUAUCUAUCUAUCUAUCUAUCUAUCUAUCUAUCUAUCUAUCUAUGUCAGUCUGUACAUAAUGUAUCUAUCUAUCUAUCUAUCUAUGUCAGUCUGUACAUAAUGUAUCUAUCUAUCUAUCUAUCUAUCUAUCUAUCUAUCUAUCGCAGCUUGUUCAUAUCUAUUUAUCUAUCUAUCUAUCUAUGUCAGUCUGUACAUAAUCUAUCUAUCUAUCUAUCUAUCUAUCUAUCUAUCUAUCGCAGCUUGUUCAUAUCUAUUCAUCUAUCUAUCUAUCUAUCUAUCUAUCUAUCUAUCUAUGUCAGUCUGUACAUAAUGCAUCUAUCUAUCUAUCUAUCUAUCUAUCUAUCUAUCGCAGCUUGUUCAUAUCUAUUUAUCUAUCUAUCUAUCUAUCUAUCUAUAUAUCGCAGCUUGUUCAUUUCUAUCUAUCUAUCUGGUUUUAUACUGCUUCAUUAUUUUUUUUUUGCUUUCUCUUUCUUUCUUUCAUAUUAUACGUCUUUUAAUACUUUUUUCUCUGCUUUCUUUCCCACAUCCACUUUCUUUUUUCUUUUUCUCUGCUUUCAUAUUUUCUUCUUAUAUCUGCUAUUUCUUUCUUUCCUUUUCUUUUCUUUCGUUUCGGUUGAUUCCUUGCUUUUCUUCUUUCUCUAUUUCUUGGUUCGAAGCCGAACACAUUUGUUUUUACACUUUCUUUCCUUACUUCUUUCUUUCUUUCUUUCUUUCUUUCUUUCUUUCUUUCUUUCUCAUGCAAACUGCUUUUCUUUCUUUCUUUCUUUCUUUCUAACUUCCUUUCAUCCUUUCUUUCUUUCCAUGUUAUUUAUUAUCUAUUUUCGUAUAUAUCAGAUGCUUUCCUUUCUUUAUUUCUUUCAUUCUUUCUUUCUUUCUUUCUUUCUUUCUUUAUUUCUUUUUUUCUUUCUUUCUUUCUUUCUUUCUAACUUCCUUUCAUUCUUUUUCAUUCUUUCUUUCUUUCUUUCUUUCCAUGCUAUUUAUUAUCUUUUUUCGUAUAUAUCAGAUGCUUUCCUUUCUUCCUUUCUUUCUUUCUUUCUUUCUUUCUUUCUUUCUUUCUUUCUUUCUAACUUCCUUUCAUUCUUUUUCAUUCUUUCUUUCUUUCUUUCUUUCUUUCUUUCUUUCCAUGCUAUUUAUAAUCUUUUUUCUCAUAUAUGUCAGAUGCAUGCCUUUCUAUCUUUCUUUUUCCUGUUCUUUCUUUCUUUCUUUUCCUGA